GAGUUUUCAGUUCCUGUUUUUGUGGUUAAACCCCCAAAAAGUCUCCUUUUCCACUUUGACUCCUCCUCCCCACUUUCCCGCAAAAUUCCAAAUUCGCAACGGUAUAUAAAUGCUUGGUUGCAAUCCAAAACCACCCGUCCCUCCUCCGCGAGUCGACGGCCGCCGCCGCCACCCGCCACCGUCGCCAUUCAUCUCUCCUACCUCCACAAUCUUUACCCCCUCAACAUCCAUUCAUUUGGGUUGCGAAUUAAACAAACAUGUAAUUGCAAUUACCAAUGGAAAACCAAGACAACCCGAGCCCUAAUCCCCAUAAUUACAACUCUAAUUACAAUAAUUACGUUAAUCAUAAUAAUAACUGUACCAACAAUGUGAAUCCAAUCUCCUCCUCUCAACAUGCCUCGAACAACCCGUCGCCGACGACGCCGGCGCCGCAAUUCACGACGUUGUUUUGGAACUCCGACGACUCUGCCUCGCCCUCCGUGUUCAAGGGGCUGUACCACCGGCGGGCCUUCUCCGACGGAAGUUUCCAGAGCGCCGGCGGCGGCGACGACGACGGCGUCUACACGCCGGGCUUGGAGGAGAUGGGGGCGGAGGAGGAUGAGCUCGUCUCUGCAUUCCUCAAUGAGGACAACGGCGCCGGCGGACAAUUGAUGGAUCACGAUGACGGCAGCAGCGGCGGUGGUGAGACAAAGAAGAAGGGUUCCCGGAGUAUUCGCCGGCCGAGUUUGCCGGCCGAGUUGGUUGAACUAUGGGACGAGGACCCCAAGCGCGUUAAGAGAAUUCUGGCAAACAGACGGUCUGCUGCUCGUUCGAAAGAGAGGAAGGUUCGGUACAUGUUAGAACUCGAGCGAAGAAUUCAAUCCCUACAAACCGAUUCGUGGAAUCUCUCUGCACAAAUCAGCAUAUACGAGAGAGAGACAAGGGGUCUAAGCACUGAAAAUGUUGAGCUCAAACUACGGUUACAAGCUAUGGAGGAACAGGCUGAUUUGCGCGAUGCUAUAAAUGAAGCAUUGAGGAAUGAAGUCGAGAGUCUCCAGAUUGCCAACGCAGAACUAAGAACUCCCACCGAGCCAUGCCCCUUCGGAGCCCCCCAACGGGUUCCAUACAGCCCAUCAGCCUCCCCGUCAGCCCUAACGCCACAACCCCCUGUGCAUUUCAGCCCGUUAACCUCCCCUUCAACCCUCCAAAGCCCCACGCAUUCCACCCAACCAUUAACCUCCCCUUCAACCGUCCAGCUCCCGGUGCAUAUCACGCCACCAUUAACCUCGCCCUCAACCGUCAACCUCCCGGUGCAUUACAGCCCGUUAACUUCCCCAUCAACCGUGCAGACCAUUCAUUUCAGCCCGUUAACCUCCCCAUCACUCGUGCAAACUGUGCCGUUCACUCAGAUAGCCUCCCCCUCGACCACACAGACAACAACAACAAACCCAAGACCAUCGGUUUAUGCUGUUGCUCCGUUGCCACCAUUGCAUAAGUCCCGGUCAAGCAUUAUAAGUCGCCGGUUGAGACAAGCAAAUCUAGUGACUCCUACCGAGCAGAAUGAUUCUUCCGGCGGCAAUAGCAAAGGACCGGAUGUCGUGAAUGGUGAAGUUGCUCCUGUUUCUAGCAGCAGAAGUGGAUCUGCGACUCCCUGAUAUUUCAAUUGGGGACAUCUGAAUGCUUAUAUGACCGAUAUAAAUUCAACUGGGAAAAAAAUGCCCUGAUCAUUUAUCUGAUUCUUUAAUACAGUACUGGUGCUAUGUGCAUGAUCAAUUCUUUAUUCUUUUGGGAAGACACUAUUUUCAUAACCUCUUAUCUUUUACGUACUUAUGUAUCUCAACUACGGAAUAUUACAGACAUCAAGGUUCCAAUGUCUCAUUCAAUUGAUACUA